AUGUCCGCCCAGAACCGCCUCCAACAAGUCCAGGGCCAGCUCUCCGCCUCGCACCCCAAGGGCCUCCUCGCCGGUGAGGUCGCAGUCAUCACUGGCGCCGCCCAGGGUAUCGGCCGCUCGUGCGCCCUCCUCUUCGCCGCCGAGGGAGCCAAGGUCGUCGUCUCGGACCUCGAUGGCUCCAAGGCCCAGAAGGUCGUCGACGAGAUCAAGCAGAACGGCGGAGAGGUCAUCGUCGUUGCGGGAGACGUUACCGCCGAUGACUUUGCCAAGAAGCUGAUCGAGCAGACUGUUGCCGCCUUCGGCACCGUCGACCACAUCGUCAACAACGCCGGCUUCACCUCUGACAAGAUGCUCCACACGAUGACGGACGACAACUACGAGUUGAUGCUCAAGGUCCACAACGUCGCGCCCUUCAAGAUCAUCCGCGAAGCCGCGCCGUACCUCCGCUCCAAGGACCCCAAGCGCGCAAAGGCCAACCGCUCGAUCGUCAACGUCUCUUCCGUCGCGGGUCUGCAUGGAAAUGUUGGACAGACUAACUACGCGACUGCGAAGGCUGGUGUUAUCGGCUUGACCAAGACUGUCGCAAAGGAGUGGGGACCCUUCGGCGUCCGCGCCAACACCGUCGCCUUCGGCCACAUCCUCACCCGCCUGACGCAAGCAAAGGAGCUCGGCGAGACUAUCGAAGUGAACGGAAAGAAGAUCGCGCUUGGGAUCCCUACCGGCGGCAAGAAGAAGGACGACAAGCCCGAGUCGUACCCUCACAUCCCCUUGAACCGCCCUGGAACCGCUGAGGAGGCCGCGAAGGCAGUCUUGUUCUUGUGCUCCCCGCUCGCCGCCUAUAUCUCGGGCCACACGCUUGAGACCACUGGAGGUAUGGGAAUCUGA